UCUGUCCUCGGGAGUCUUGGGAACACUUGUAGUUCUCAUAUGUUAGCCCUAAAAGUCACGUCUGUUUAAACGCUGAAUUAUUGUCAUUAUCGCACAUAGUUUUACCCGGCUUUGAUAUUAUUUUUCUAUUUAUCUUCUACGCGUGUUUUAUGUGGACGGAUCACAACAACCAAGAAAAAAGCGUGUGAAAAUUACUCACUACCGGAUUAAAAAGUGCAUUUUACUUUCAGGCACUAUGCAGUUUGGAGGCAGAAGAAAGAAGAUUAGCACUAACCCUCAGUCGGAGCUCUAUGGGCAGCACCUGCAGUUUUAUGGACAGCCUCCUCUUGAAAACAUCUCUCUCUCUGAAUUUGAAACAUUUGCUGUGGAACGACUGAAGUUGUUGAAGACUGUGGAGAACUUGGGCGUGAGCCAUGUCAAGGUUUCAGAUCAGUAUAAAGGCAAACUUGAGAGUCAGCUUAAAACUCUGAACUUUCCUUACAGACCAGAUGCUGAUGACAAGAAAUCUCAAAGUGGACCAACUGAAUAUGAAAAACGAAGAAAAGACCAUAUCUCCCACUUCAUUCUCAGACUGGCCUACUGCCAAACGGAAGAUCUAAGGCGCUGGUUUAUACAACAGGAAGUUGAUCUUUUCCGCUUCCGUUUUAAUGACUUGGACCCAAAACAACAACUGCCAUUUCUUCACAAGAAUAAUCUUCAUUAUGACACAAUUAGCAGUGAGGAGAAGAUUGAGCUGAAGGAUCAACUUAUAAACUCCAGCUUUGGCUUCAGUGGAAUCAAGGUGAUGGAACACGAGUUCUACAAGGUGCCUUUUCAAGAUGCCCUGGAUCUUGUGCGACUGAGGAAAGUGUACCUCAAACAAGGCUAUGCGUACAUUCCCCAUCAGGAUAUUGUCACUAUUGUUCUCAAUGAUUUCCGCACAAGGCUGUCUAAAGCUCUUGCACUGACAGCUCGCUCGCUACCAGCAGUGCAUUCUGAUGAACGGCUCCAACCUCUCCUUAACCACCUCAGUCAUGCCUAUGUGGGACAGGAUUACAGCAUCCAGAAGAAUGUUGGGAAAAUCUCCUUGGAUCAGAUUGAUUCACUUUCAGGGAAGUCAUUCCCAUUGUGUAUGAGGCAGCUCCACCAGUCUCUUAGAGAAAACCAUCAUCUCCGCCAUGGAGGUCGGAUGCAAUACGGUCUCUUCCUCAAAGGUAUCGGCCUGUCUUUGGAGCAGGCACUGCAGUUCUGGAAAAUGGAGUUCACAAGAGGCAAAGUGGAUGCAGACAAGUUUGACAAAGCAUAUGCCUACAGCAUCCGCCACAUGUUUGGCAAAGAAGGAAAGCGAACAGACUACACCCCCUACAGUUGCAUGAAGGUGAUUUUAUCAAACCCACCCAGCCAAGGAGACCAUCAUGGAUGUCCAUUCCGUCACAGCGACCCGGAGCUGCUGAAGCAGAAGCUUCAAGUGUACAAAGUGUCUCCCAGUGGAAUCAAUCAGAUCCUGGAGCUGGUUAAAGGAAUGCACUACCAGCUGGCAUGCCAGAAAUACUUUGAGCUGACACACAAUAUUGAAGACUCAUCUUUCUCACUCAAUCACCCCAACCAGUACUUUCUGGAGAGCCAGAAACUUCUGGGUGGAGGCAAGGACAUAAAGAGAGAGAUGGAUGCUCCGCAGAGGUCACAGGAAAACUCCGCCUCCAAAGGAUCAGCCGCAACUCAAGAGGUGGCGGCAAACACCUCCCAACAUUUGGCCGAGAUGACAGAAGAUUUGGAAUCUUUCUUUCAAGAGGCCUGAUUCUCAAAUUUUUAAAUACACAUACAAAUAAUUCUGUAUGUCUGGACAUGCUCCGAAUUCUGCUGAAUCUUACAAAUUCCCUAAACUGUUGUAUUAAGUAUUAAAGUUGAAAAUUUGUCUUUCAGUCUUUUAAUUCCAGCUUAGCAGACUUUGGGAGAAAAAGUGAAGAAAAUUAAAGGAGUGCACCACAGUGCUCAUGGAAAGGAAAAAUAGAAAUAUUAUGACCAAAAAUAACAUUAAAAAAAUCUAUAAUUGAGACAGUAA